AUGUCCGACCACCACGAUGAUCUGGCCGCCACCAAGACCGAAGGCUUCAAGGUCGGUGAGAAGAAGACUAUGGAGGAGUACCAGCAGCUUGACAAGGAUGACGAAGCUAUGGUCCGAUGGAAGGCCUCUUUGGGCCUGAACGCUGGCAACCCCGUUGGAAAGGCUGGUGACCCCAAGUGUGUUAUCAAGUCCCUCGCUCUGCGCGUCCAGGGCCGUCCCGAUGUGACAAUCGAUUUGGCUACCCCCGAAGCUGUCAGCAAGCUCAAGGACCAGCCCUUCACCAUUAAGGAGGGCGCCAAGUUCCACAUCCAGGUGGUCUUCCAGGUGAACCACGACGUUCUGAGCGGUCUCAAGUACCUCCAGGUUGUCAAGCGCAAGGGUGUUCGUGUUAGCAAGGAUCAGGAGAUGUUGGGAAGCUUUGCGCCCAGCACUGAUCAGAAGCCCGUCUAUGUGAAGGAAUUUGCUGAGGAGGAAGCUCCUUCUGGCAUGCUUCUCCGUGGCCACUACAACGCCGUGUCCAAGUUCUUGGAUGAUGAUGAACACACCCACCUCCAGUUCGAGUGGUCGUUCGAUAUCACCAAGGAGUGGUAA